CCACCCCUCUCCCAAACCUGGAGCCUAGGGUUUAGAAAAAAAAACUGUAAGCCCUGAAGAAAAAGUCACAAACUGGGCAUUUUGAACCUUCCCCUGCAAGAAAACGAAGGUUACUCUUUCCUCCCUGCGUUAACUCUUUCCGUGCCGCAGAAGUUGAGGCGCUUAAAAAAAAAAGGCCGAGUGGUCUCACUCAAGACCGAAAGAGUGGAGUCCCCGCCCCCUGGUGCAGACGCAGCGAAGACAGAUGGGGAACCACCUGUCAGAGGGCUGUGGGCGGGGGCCGAGGCCGCGAAGACCGCGGGACCGGAGGGUGAGCGCCGCUGAGCGCACGCUCAGAGCAGACAGCUCGCAGGAGACAGGAGGUGAUGGUCUAAGACCCUGUGAGCUGAUGGCCAGUGGGAGGGGAAGGUAGUCGCAGAGACAGCUACAGGAGGUGGAGGAUCCUGGAGGUGACAGCAAGAUUACGGAAUGGCGUGGGGCGGCUGAAGCGGGCCCGGCGGCUUCCGUGUGGACGCCGGGCGGGCGCGAGACGGACCCCGCCAGGUCGGGGGAUGCCAUGUCUCGAGAGCGGCCCCCCCGAACCGACAUCCCCCGCAACCUGAGCUUCAUCGCCGCGCUAACGGAGCGCGCCUACUACCGCAGCCAGCGGCCCAGCCUAGAGGAGGAGCCGGAGGAGGAGCCAGGCCAGGGCGGGACGCGCCUCGGGGCCCGAUCCCGUGCUCACGCUCCGAGUCGAGGCCGCCGGGCCCGUUCUGCGCCCGCCGGAGGCGGCGGGGCCCGGGCGCCCCGCAGUCGCAGUCCAGACACCCGCAAGAGAGUGCGUUUCGCCGACGCGCUGGGGCUGGAGCUGACCGCCGUGCGCCGCUUCCGCCCCGGAGAGCUGCCACGGGUGCCCCGCCACGUGCAGGUCCAGCUACAGAGAGACGCCCUCCGCCACUUCGCGCCGUGCCAGCCCCGCGCCCGAGGCCUCCAGGAGGCGCGCGCCGCCCUGGAGCCGGCCAGCGAGCCCGGCUUCGCCGCCCGCUUGCAGGCGCAGCGCAUCUGCCUGGAACGCGCCGAGGCGGGCCCGCUGGGCGUGGCCGGGAGCGCGCGCGUGCUGGACCUGGCCUACGAGAAGCGCGUGAGCGUGCGCUGGAGCGCCGACGGCUGGCGGAGCCAACGCGAGGCGCCCGCCACCUACGCCGGCCCGGCCCCGCCUCCGCCGCGGGCCGACCGCUUCGCCUUCCGCCUGCCCACGCCGCCGAUUGGGGGCGCCCUGCUUUUCGCCUUGCGCUACCGUGUCACCGGCCGCGAGUUCUGGGACAACAACGGCGGCCGUGACUAUGCUCUCCGUGGGCCCGAGCACCCGGGCAGUGGCGGAGCCCCGGAGCCCCAGGGCUGGAUCCACUUUAUCUGAGACGCCUGCGGCCGACGGCCGAAAAACCAAAGGCACCUGGGGGCUGGGGAAGCCUGAAGACGUGGCGGGGAGGAAUGGGAGAAACCGGGAUUGGCGGGGAGCUGUCCAAGAGAGUCAAGCGGGGGAGGGCGAGGAGGAUGGGAGAAAUCCUAGGGCUGGGGGCGUGGGCGGAAUCAGCGAAGGUCGGGGAGACUGGGGUGGGAAUCACUAGUUGAAUGUGAGUGGAAGGAACCCGGGACUUAGGGAGGAAGGAGACCGGAAAGGGCAUUGGGAGAUUAGAAAAAAGCAGAAUAGGGAUGAUGGUGACGUCCUCUUCCGGGAGUGGGCACUGGGAGAAGGUGAGUGGGUUCGUCAGGCCUAAGCAGUAGAAGGUUAAGGUACCUCGUUGGGAUUGAGGAGGCAUUUUGUGUGAGGUAGGAGCUCACCCCCGUGAAGUCAUUUAAAUUGCUGGCUCAUUCCCUCUCCGCACCCGCCUUUGCCACCUCAGGUCCCCCAGCCCUGCCCAUCCCAGCUUUAACUCAGCCGUAAUUGCCUUGCUUAAACCCCAGGAACUUGACCAUUGCUCCCAGUCCCUGGCAUUAUGACAGGAUUCCCUCGUCACCCGAUGGUCCCUGGCUUCAGUCUCCACAGACUGGCUGGGGAGUGAUGGCAGGUAGCAGUGAGAGCUCCUUCCUCCAGCCUCCAGGCAGCUCUGGAGAUUAAAAUGAAGACAAAACAACUCCAGGCCGGUCCUUGUAGCCUGAGGGGGUUGGUACACUCAGGGGCUUCCAGAAAAAUGCCAGCCUUACCUUUCUGGGGCGCCUUCUAAUGACCUCUGAGCACUUUAUGGACUGUAUUUGAAAAGGGACAGUGAAUCACAAGAAUCACUAUUCUGAUUCUUUCUGCCUCAGAAGAAAAGGAAAUCACUGACGACUAGCUGUAUAAUUUUGGGCAAGUUACUUCACCUGUCGGGCCCCAGUUUCCUCCUUGGAAAACUGGAUUUGGAUUAGGUGAUCUCUUAAAGCCCCUUCUUGCUUUGACAUUUUAUGAUCUGUGAAGGGCAGAGUGUAGAUUGAAGCCACACUCUUCAACCUACAGUUGGAAUGCUACAGUUCAGAACACAGCAUCUGGCUGGGGCUGAGGUUAGUCCUCCAGUUUUUGACACAUGUUCCAGAGACUAGGAAGCAUCCCAUAAUCAGCCUGCAGCCUCAGGGUAUUCCAGGGCCGCUUUCAAACCACAGCUCAUCCUCUGCCCCUUGCUUUUUGCUCUUGCCCCACAGACUUCUGGCCUGGGUCCUCUGAGACAGCUUUGGGGAGGAACAUCUCUCUGAGAGAAAAAGAUGCUUGGGAGCCCCAAAGAUGAAGCAGUGUUGGGGGCUCUCUUGAGGACAAAGGAUUAUGGGUAUAAGAAAUGAAAAACAUUUCAAAUCAAGAAUCAAAGCAACUUGAAAUUAAAUGGCACUAGAAGAUGGCAGUCUGCUCCAUACCCUGAGCAAGUGAAAUAGGAAAGCUAGACUCGUGUACUCAUUCACAUUCAUGCCUUAAGUCUCUCCUCCUGGCUAACCUGCUGGUUUGUUUUUCCUUUCCUCUUACCCUAUUCCUAAGCUCUUUGUUUUUCUCUUUCUUUGUCCCUCUCUCUUUUCAUCACUUUCAUUUUUCUUUUAGCAUAUAGGGUAUUUACCUUCAUUUUCUCUGUUUCCAUUUGCCUCCCUCUUCUUCCUUGUUGAUCUCUGCUAUUCCUUCUCCCUCCAGAAGGGGUGGAGAACCUACUUCCUUUUUGCCAAGACCAUGGUUGGUCCACCUUCCUCUCUCAGGCUCCUUCUUGACAGUCUUCUAGAAGGGAGAAGAGGGAAAAGAAGCAGUUCCUGAUGCUGCAGAUGAACAGGAGCUCCCAGGUAACUAGCCCCCCAUACCCAUGUCUAUCUGUUAAUGAUUUCUCUAAGAAAAUUCCUGGAUCCCCCUCUUCCUUAUCACUAAGUGAGAGAGAGUGCAUGCACGUGUGCCCAUACAUGCAUCAGAAUAGAGCAUGGGGCUUGUUACCAUGCCCCUCCUGUCCAAAGCCUUAAUCCUUUGAAGAAAGAUGGCUGAAAGAGAGGAACCCCAAGUGAUUUCUCAAACAGAUGGCCAUUUAAACACCAUCUUUAUCUGAUGAAGAAAACAGAAUUUCAUGCAUCUUGUGGAUCACCUUCAGGUCACAGUUCCAGCAGAGUGAAGAGAGAAACUGUACUGGAAGCCACCAAGCAGUGCACUUUUUAGUCAUCAGUGAAGAGCCCCAGGGAGGAUAAUGGAGCGGGAGGCUGGGUCAAGGCUCAGUGUGUAAUAAUCUCUGGCUUAAUGUGUGUGCUUUACUAUUACAUUGUAUUAACAAUCAUAAUAGCUUACAUUUACUUACCUACUAAAAUCUGGUGUCUUGCAUGCAUUAUAAUUCUCAAAACACUUUGAGUUAAGUAAAACUAUCCCUGUUUUAGAGAUGAGGAAACAGCUCAGAAAAGCUCGGUAAUUUGUUCACAAUCACAAAGCUAGUAAAUGACAGAGCUAGGCUUGUGAGCCAAGGAAAUCUCCAGAGCCUCUGUAUGCAACCAGGAUGUUAUAUUUUUUUCCUUUAAAAGCAAAAUUAAAAACCUUGCCAUAUCAUCUCUUAUUAGGAAAAGACCAUAGUUUCUAAUUGUGUCCUGCCUUCCUAUCCUCCCAGUCUCCUAAACUGGCUUGCAGAAGGCAAAGCACUGAGGGUCCCAAGCUUCAUCUGCUCCUUCCAGGAGCUUGCUGCUCUCGCCCGUGCCAGUGUCUCAGCUCUGCAGGAUCAGCAAGGGACUACCCUGUUUGUCUGCUAGGGACCUUGGGAGCCCAUUUGGACUCCAGCCUUUCCAUACACUGGGAUUCUCUCCUGGCCCUAGUCAACCCUCCACACCUGUUGGUGUGCCACACCCCUUCCUCCUCCCCCACCAGGCCAAUUCUCUAAAGUUUCUGCUAGAAGGGUCUCCGACUAGGACAAUUGCUGGAUGGUCUGUGCUUGGGAACCCUGGUAUUACUGAGUGGACAAAAGCAAACUGGUUGGAGGCAGGGAACCAAGAAUACUACAUUGUUCCCUGAGCUCUUUCUCUGAAAGAAGUACCAUGGCUCACCCACCCCCCAUUCUCAGCUUUAUAGAACCAACACAUGAAUCUUCUGGUUCUUCCCGUAUAGAGCUGCCCCCAGGCACUGGGGGUAAACUGAUAGUCUAAUCUGACAUGGGGAACACUAGGAGUUUGGUGGACUCUUUAGAGAUGUGUCAUGUUAGACACUGUGGUGGGGACUUUCCUCUAAAGGCUGAUGACUGUAUGAACAGGAGCAAUUUAGGAGGUAACAUGUCAGCUGUGCACUGGGAAGUGCCAUAAGAGAAACCAUUAUCAUGGUCAGGGGCCUGGCUCCUUGAAGCAACACAGCAGGAACACUUGCCAUUUUCUCUCAUCCAGACCUCAGAUGUCUUCCUACACCUACCUGUCUCAUAGCCUUCCUCCUGUUCCUUUAUUUCUCUUCAUAAUAAGCCCCAACUCCUCAACUCUCCAAUCUAACUCCCACAUUGCCUUGCUUCUAACACCUGUGUUUCUCUCGAACUCUGGAUCCUUGGAAUUCGCAGGUCAUAGCAUCAGAGAUCUGAAAAGCCUUGUCUUUAGAGAUCAUUGGGUCGAGGCUCCCCUACAGAUGACGACACAGGUCCAGAGAUGAGAAGUGACCCCAGCAGGGUCACGGAAUUUGUUAGUGCAGCUUGAAAUGGGACUUAAUCUGAGGUCUCCUGAUGACAUCCCACUGCCAGGCUACGAAACAGCCCUCUCCCCAGACCCGUGAUUUUUCAUGGCAGGAGAUAAUAUUGGAAAUGUUUCCUUUUUUGCUACUAGUUUCCAUUUUCUUCUCCAUCCAGGCAUAAAGAAAAAUAAAGGCACUUGUAGUUUUCUCUAUGCCUCCAGCCUUGGCACUUCUUUUGGUGAUAUUGCUAAAGAGUGGAGUUGCUAAAAAGACUGAGUGAUCCACCCACUGAAUAGCUAACCUGGAAAGGAAAUGAAAGUUUGCUAUGUGAAUUCCCCAAAAACCAAUGUUCUCUUCAGGCCCUCCCAGAGCCUCCCCACCUUCUUCACAGCACUGCUCUGUUCACUGGGCCCCAAACUCAUUAGCAUUGUGCCUCAAUUCAGCUUUCUUAUGCACCUGCCCUCCCUUUUGGAUAAAAGACCUUACAUUUGAAAUAAAGAUGGAAUA